AAUAGCAGACACGCUCUUAACUAAAAUAACAACAACAACAUUCCUAGCAUAUGGUCACGUGCUUUAUUUCAGGAGUUAUCACUCUUUCUUGAAUAAUACUCUUCGUCAGCACUCCACCCUUGCCACUCCUUGAAAGCAAGUCGACUAGAAGAGAGGUUUAGACUUUAGGUACCUGAGAUCCAGAGAAAUUUUUACUUUCUAUCUUCAAUUUUGCCGUGUCAAUCCCAAUUUCUAAGGAUGGCUGUCCAAUUAUUAUUUACCGAAGAGCAAAAAGCUUUAUUCAAAAGCUCCUUCAAAUCAGAAGACACGGAUGGCGAUGGCAAAAUCACUUCUGAAGAGUUGAGAGCAGCGUUUAAAUCAAUUGAAAUAGACUUGACUCAGGAAAAGAUUGACGAAAUGAUGGGAAUGGUUGAUAAAGAUGGUAGCAAAGAUAUGGACUUUUCUGAGUUUUUGAUGAGGAAGGCAGAACAGUGGCGCGGAAGAGAAGUACAAUUAAUUAAAGCUUUCGACGACUUGGACAAGGAUCACAACGGAUCCCUCAGUCCUCAAGAGCUGCGUACAGCGAUGUCAGCAUGCACCGAUCCACCGAUGACGGAGAAGGAAAUCGAUGCAAUCAUCGAGAAAGCCGACUGCAAUGGGGACGGUAAAAUCUGCCGUGAAGAAUUCACGAAGUUGAUUCACUCGUCUUAAGCUACUCGGUGAAGAUGAUGAACGUUAUCUUCUACUUCAACAUCGACAACUUGUCCUUCUUAUUUUCUUUGAGGAAUCUCCGGGAGAGGGUGACAUAAUCGUCUCGUAUAAUUUUUCUUAUCUUGAUUUUAUUAUGUUCCGGUGGUUUCUUUUUGAGUUGUCACAUUAUGGUUUGUAUUGUUUGUCUUUUUUCAAAGAGUGGUUCGAAAUUCACUUCACAUUAUUUCUUUACAUUUUAAUCAUUAUACCAAGGAUGCCUUUACAAUGUUUGUGUUCUCCUUCCAGGAAUAAAUGUUGCGUUUUUUCCAUUUCUUCUGAAAGCCAACUAUUGGUAUUGCAUUAUAUGAUACCUUUGACAUCAUGAUUUUGUUUAUUCGUUUUUUAAUUGUAUCAUAGUCAUCGUGAUUGUGGUUAGGAUGGAGGUCGACUAACACCAAAGAAUAUCCAUUUCCGAAAAGUGACAUGGUACACAAGGGAGAAGAGGAAUUUAACUUUCUUAAUUCUUGAUAGGCGGUAAAAGCACUUAUCUUAAAUUAUUUUAAUGGCCUUUCAUCUGGAGGUGUCGUGGGCCAUUCACUUGAUUCAUUGAAUUAAAUUGAAUGGUUGAUUGAUCAUACUAAAAAUGGCAGCAUGAGGGCUGAAUUACAUUCAUUCUUACAAUAAUUAAGAGCACAUGUAAUGAAUAGCAUUGUUAAAUUAAUUAACUAUCACACAACACUUGCAAGAAUACAUUCAAAGAUAAAAUUAAUAAGAUAAAACAUUACGACCAAAAGAAAACCUUUCAAUCUGGGACUCUAGGAAGAUUAGAGCCAUUUAACAAUGUAAUGGUCCUAUAGAGCUAUUCAUCUGUAUUUUUCUUAAAGUAAUUACAAUUAUUGUUAUGUUCAUGUGUAUGUAUUAUGUUUGUUUAUACGGAAAAUGAAACCAAACCAAUCCAAGAGUUGAGAGCCCGGCACUAACAUCCUUUGGCAAGGCAUUAAUCCAUAAUUAUGUGCCACUCUCCACCCAGGUGUAAAUGGGUACCUGGCAAUUGCUGGGUAAUGAUAAUUGCAGGGCCCGCAGAAACAGUAGUAUUAAUACUGAUGUUGCUAGCCUGAGUUAACAAAAUUGCUUUUAUUAUUAUUAUUAUUAUUAUUAUUAUUAUCAUCAUUAUAUGGCGAUAUCACUUGAUAAAGUGGAGGAAAUGGGUAUUAUGUAAACAAUUAAAGACGAUGCAAUUUAUAAUAAUGCAAUGUUCACUAAAUAAAAAUCUGCUAAACAAUA